UCUUUCGACUUUAUUGUUACGUGUUAGCUGGCCGGAAACACUACUUAAAUUAGCAAUAAAUUUUAAACACUGCAUCAAUAUCAGUUUUAAAAAUAUCGUUUGCUUAUAGGCAUUGCUAUCCGUUAAAUGAGAUUUAUCAACAAGUAAGAUGAAUUGGAUUUUAUUUUUUGUGCUGGCGUACCCUGUACAAGGAACAAUACCAAAACCUACGGUCGAAAUUUUGAAGGGCUCCACAACGAUAGAUACAGGAUCAGAACUGCAACUUAACUGUAGCAUCGACACAGAUGUUCGAAAUGUCACAUUUGAAUGGUUAAAAGAUGGCAGAAUCAUCUUGGAAUCCUUUCAAUUAUUGCAUAUCACUAAUAUUACAAAAGAUCAUGCGGGUAUAUAUUUCUGCACUGCAGAAAAUAGAACUGGUUUCAAGCAGAUGUCAUCAAAUCAAUACAACAUAACUGUCAAUUAUUUGGAAAAUGCAACACUAGUCAUUACACCAUCAGUCAAUGUUAAUGAAGGUGACAGUAUUACUUUUAAUUGUUCUGUUAAUUCAAAUUUAAAUUCUUUGGUUUAUACGAUGGAACAAAAUAGAAGUAUUUUCACUAGAAGCAUUUUACCUGUCCACAAUAUUAUACAUAUACGGGCAACUUAUUCUGGAUUAUGGGUAUGCAAUGUAUCAUCAAGAACAACUUCACUUCCUCCAGUUACAAGUGAAUAUAUAUUACUGACAGUGACAGAAUUGUUUCAAACACCAACCUUACAUGUCUCAUCAAACAGUUUGACUUCUGGUGAAUCAAUGGUAUUGACAUGCAAUGUCACUACAUCCUUAUCAUCCGGAAUUAUCAAAUACAGAUUUCGCAGUUUUUUAUUUUUUUCAACGUUUCAGUCAUCGCAUACAUACAACAACACCGCACGAACCACAAACACAAGUUUGUAUUGGUGUGAAGCACAAAAAAAAAUUUUGUAAAGAGGUCGCAAUUUAUUUAUAUUACAGUUACAUUGAAGGUCAAUAUUGUGAUCACACCAACAAUUGAAGGAAAUAAUAUGAGUAUCACAUGUAACGUGGAGGGUGAAGAAAUAGCUUGGUAUUUUAUUUGGAAAAGAAAUGAUGUUCUCAUUUAUGGACAGAUAUCUAGUAUGAUUGUUGUGGAGAAUGUAAAUCGUUCUAUCGUUGGAACAAAUUAUAGUUGCACUGCUGUGUCACAAGCUUUUACGCAAAGUGACAAAGCUUCUGCAAAUGUAUCAGUUAGGGAUAUUUAUUGUGAGUACUAUCUCCUUGUUUAUUUAUUAUCGUGUAGUCCGACUAAAUCACAAU